AUGCUCACCAAAAGCUUGAAGCGAGCUCUGCUCGACUCACGAUGGCCAAUGCCACCCACAUUCCUCCUCCCCUGGGCGGCAGGACUUACGACAGUCUCGCACUCGACAGCAGCUAGCAACCUCCCUCCUCCGCUCGUUAGUGGCGUAUCAAAUAUCUCAAGACAGCGGGAAGCACUACAGCAGGAUCAACGAGCACCGCCGCGGGCAUCAUCAGGACCUUUAGCUUCGCUACCGGAACUGCCUGCGGCGAAUGCGACGUCUUCCCCACCUGCUCUCUCACAGUCCGUCCGUGAGCUGCUGCCAGUCUUACAGGCGCAAGGGCCGCACUACAUUGUCGCCCAUCUGUACGACAGACCCUACCUUCUCACUCAAGGCGACACACUACGACUGCCCUUUCACAUGAAGGACGUUGAACCCGGCGACAUACUUCGCUUGGACCGAGCCAGCAUCAUCGGCAGCAGAGAUUACACUCUCAAGGCUGCCACGGCUCCACCGGCACUGAAUCAGUCAACAGGCAAGGUAUCUUAUGUGGACGAUCGACUGUUUGUGUGUAGGGCUGUGGUAAUGGGUGUGGAGAGUGACCCUUUGCAUGUUGAAGAGAAAACGAAGAGAAGGCAGAGAAAAGUAAAGAGGGUGAAAAGCAAGCAUCGGCACACGAUUCUGCGGAUCAAGGAGGUGAGGGUGCGAGGGCUGGAGGAGGUUGAG